AUGGCUUUAAUAAAUUUCAAGGAGAGAAUCCACAUUUUGUUAAAGCUAAAAGAGUCGCUAAUUCCCCAGGUGGACGGGAAUUUCGUGAAGGACUGGGAAGCGGAAGCAAUGAAUUACCAAGUGACUAGCGAAAAUAUUAUAGUACACUUGAAGGACAUAUAUUUUAUAGAAGGCCUAAUUACGCCCAUUUCAGCUCAGCUAACCUUUUUGAGAAUCAAUUUACAAAAUUAUGUAAAUAUGUCAGAAAAGGAAAAAGAUAAAUUUAAAAGACUCUACGUAUUGGCAGCCCUUGGACUAAUUGCCAAACUCAAACUUAUUUUAUUUUUUUCGACGUAUAUUAACGCAAGGGAAAAUAACCGCAGCAAGAAUUUCCCAGUUUUUAGCGAAAAUUAUUACAACCUAGAACAGUACAAUUGUGAAAGCAAUUAUGAGGACAAAUUAAAUUUAAUUAAUAAUGGUUGCGAACACUGCGUAAAUAAUGACGACGAGAAGAAUAGCUCCUCGUUUAACCAGGUGGACGAUUAUUACACCCAGUUUCAUGCAUGCACGGAUGAUUAUAAGGAAAACGUUUUUAACAUGAUGGCCCUCAACAACCUAGUGAACUGCAAUUCGCACUUGGGCAACGACAAAAACGUCAGUGACAGUGAAUACGUGGACAACACGGUGGGCAUCUACGACAGCUGCGUCGACAUGAGCGCCAAGCGGAUGGGCAGCAACCAUAUCGGAAGCAACCAUGUCGGAAGCAACCAUGUGGGCGGUAUCCACGUUGGCGGUAACCAUGUGGGCGGUAACCACGUCGGCGGUAACCACAUCGGAAGCAACCACAUCGGAAGCAACCACAUCGGAAGCAACCACAUCGGCGGUAACCACAUCGGAAGUAACCACGUCAGUGGCAGCCGAGUUGGCAGCAACCACGUCGGCAGCAACCGCGUCGGUGGAAACCGAAUCGGCAGUAACCACCAUAGCGGCAACAGCGUAAGGGGCAAUCACGUAAGCGGUAACCAUGUCGGUGGUAACCAUAUCGGUGGCAACCACGUCGGAAGCAACCACGUAAGUGGAAACCAUAUCGGGGGAAACCACCACGGCGGCGGCCAGUACAACUCGCUACUGCUGCAGGGCGCAGAAGAAUACCCGCCCAACGUGAUGACCCACUUUGCAGUGGACAAAAACGAAGGCCUGCAGAACCUCCCCGCCGCCACGUCAAAGAAGAGAGCCGCGCAAAUGACGCAAAGCCAAAACAAAGCAGCCAACUUCCUAAAAAGCUCACACACGUUAAAUGGAAUCAAAAAUGGAAUCAACGACCGCAUGCAGAGUUACAAUGAGCAAGUAAAUAACGAAGCACAGCGAUUUUUGCAGCAAAACCAGGACCAAAUCUCCAAGUACAUAAAUAAUAUUCACCAAAACAUCCAUUCGAACAAUGAACAUGUAGAAUUCAACAGCCGCAAGACAAACAUAAGCAACUAUUACGAUUAUGAUAAUGACAGCAGUCAGGAAAAUAAUGUCCUACAAUCAUACAGUAAUAAAAUUUAUGGCUUGAGUGAUAAUGUGUAUAAGAAUAGCUACUUCUUAUGACAUGGGGGGGAAAUGAAGCCUUCCCCAUAAUUUCAUGAUUCCUUGAAAUGUUUGCUUCGCCUUCCUUCUGAUCAAGUGAGAGAUACCCAGUAAGGACGGAGGGAAAAGGGGAAAAGGAAAAAAAAUAUGAAGCGCGUAGUGUGUGCUAUACACGUAUGGCCACCAAAUCUCAUCAUCGGAGGAACCAUCACGCAGUUGGGACCUCCAACCUGGAGUAAUUUUUGUUUUUGCCUGCACGUUGCCUGCUUGUCAUUUUUGCCACAACACCCUCGUUGCUGUUACUGCCAAUAGACCACUAUGCCACUAUACCACUGCGCCUUUGCGAUACCAUUGCAGCUGUUGCCCUUUUUGUUUUUUCCCCUUCCUUCCACCCCUGCGCUCUUUCAAAGUUAUUCGUAAAAUCUUUUAAAGCGUGAUAUAGUUCCUUCACGUACUACGCAAAAAAAAAAAAAAAAAAAAAUCUCUUUAAUUUGUUUUAAGACUUUUAAUCUCCCAGUUGUCUAAAUUUCGUGUAACAAAUUGUGUUUAUGAAAUUAUUUUCUAUUCGCGCGAAAGUGUUUCCUUUUUACGCUUUUUUCACUUCGUCUUUGACCACGUCGCUUUUUUUUUUACGCUUUUUUCACUUC